ACCCUAGAGUGCCUUGAUUUUGGAAGAUACACGAUGGUCAGAAUCACAGAAGACCUGAUUCGGAAGAGGGCGGAACAUAAUGAGUGUGAGAUAUAUUCUCUUCAAGAAAUCUCCCUCCACCAACAAGGAGUAGAAAGGAUAGAACACCUGGACAGAUGGUGUAGAGACCUGAAGAUUCUUUACUUACAGAACAAUGUCAUUCCAAAGAUAGAAAAUGUUGGGAGAUUGAAGAAACUGGAGUAUCUCAACCUCGCCCUCAACAAUGUGGAAAGAAUAGAGAACUUGGAAGGCUGUGAGUCUCUGAAAAAGCUGGACUUGACUGUGAAUUUUGUGGGUGAACUGACCGGUGUGGAACAUCUCCAACAGAACCAAUUCCUGGAAGAGCUGUAUCUGACAGGGAACCCCUGCACAGACUUUAAUGGUUACAGACAAUAUGUGGUUACCACCCUACCUCAACUGAAGAAGUUAGAUGGAAAAGUGAUCCAGAAAACUGAAAGAAUCCUGGCAAGACAGGAUUAUGAAGCAGUGAGGAAAAACAUAAUAGAACAACAGCAGGCAUAUGUCCAGAAAAGGCUGAAAGAAAAAGAGGAAUCUGAGAGGAAGGCAGAGGCGAAGGAGGCCAGGUCAGGUGCACAGCCUGGGUUUGAUGGAAGGUGGUACACUGACAUCAACACUCACCAAUCUGACAAGCCCAGCAAGGAUGGGGAGGGGGGCAAGGAGGAGGAAGAAGAUGAAGAGUUCUGGAAACAACAAGUUGGAUACACACCCGAAUCUCGGCUGGAAAUCCAGAAGAAGAUAGAAGAACAGAAAAGGAAAAAGGAGGGAAUCGAGGAUGAAAAACCUAAGAAGCAGAGAAACUUGUUUGCAGAAGAUGGAAGACCCUAUAACGUCAAUGAAGCCAAGGUGGACUUCAACUUGACGGAGAAUGAAGAUGACAACGCUCUGUUGUUGGAUGUUGCUGUGUUCAGGUACAUGGACACAUCCCUCAUGGACGUGGAUGUCCAGCCGACCUACGUCAGAGUCACCGUCAAAGGAAAGAUCUUACAGCUGCAUUUACCAGAGGAAGUCAGGCCUGACUCAUGCAAGGCAGUUCGUUCUCAGACAACUGGACAUCUCCUCAUCACAAUGCCCAAGGCUAACCAAGUGGUAAAGCCCCUGAAGGCACAACAGGAGGAGAAGAAAACCACCAGACCUGUCGAGCCCCCCACAGAGAAAUCACGGCAAGCCUUUGAGAGGCUGGAGGUAGACCCCACCAAGAGUAAGGGUGUAGACUUUGCCGCCAUAACUGCUGAAAAACACAAACCAGCACAACAACCCCUAGGGAGUGUGACAUCCCGGCCUGUGGAGAGACCAAACAGCGAGGACUUUGUGGAUGAUCUUGACGUUCCUCCUCUGAUGUGACCCAAGGUUUUCGUUCUUCUUUUUUGUUGUCCAAGUCCUGAAAACAUCCUCACUAUUUGUUCUUACGUAGCCUGGUUGGUUGUUAACCUCCAGUUCCCUUGUCUUAACGAUUCCCGAAGGCAGCUAGCUAAUGAUGGAGAUUACCCUUUUUCCUGUAUUACAAGGAAGGAUAUUGUGCUUCAGGGUCAAAAAACAGCCAAGCCACUGAUGGACAUCACACAGCUAUCUGUGGAAUCAGUGGAAAAUUCCCAGGUGAAGUUCUGCAGGCUACGACCAACCCCAUCAAUCUUUUGGAUCUUAAUCCCUUCAAUGAACGUGGAAUGUCUUUGUCUAGAACCUUAUGGCAUUGAACUUGUACAGAUGCUGUGCUCCUGCCAGGACUUAAGCGAUAGCAUCUGUCUGGAAAUUCUCAAGACCACUUAUACUCGACAAAACUAUAUGUUAUCAGGAGUCUUUAUCUUAGAAAUGGCCAUUAGAGAAACCAAUAUGAUCCCCAUGGUUGGGUAAUAUUGAGUGUAGAGUGUGAUGGAUGGCGAUGUUAUAACAGAUAUGGAGAAGAAACCAAUAAAAGUUAAUGGGUGGAUGCCGGGGGCUGCUAUGAUGAAGUUUUUCCUGAAAAUAAUUUUUCUGGUAGGUAACGUUGGCUAUACUGUUUGUCAUUAGUAUGGUUUUGUUGUCCUUUGAGCAAAGUGCUAUGAACACUUCAAAGUCAGAGUUUCUAGACAAUUAAGCACAGAGAUGUGUUUGUAUGAUCCAAGAGAAUUUAAUAUCAGCAGAACUAAGAUUCCAUGAUGGUCAUAACUAUUGGAACAAUAACCAAAAUGAUUCCAAUGUACAUGGCAUUGUACUCUAAUAGAUACAAAAUGCAUUUCGGAGUAUGGGGAUUGCAUGCCAGAUGACUUCGCUUAUGAUGUUAACCAGCUGCAAAUCUUAUUUAUUCAUUCAUUCAUUUCAUACUCCAUUAUGUUCCCUUGUUGUCUAUUUUUGCAUACAAAUAUAAAUGAAACAUGAGAAAAACAUGAUAUGUCCCUUUGUUGGACUAUGCCAUUAUGAUAACAUUAACCACGAAUGGGGGUGUGCUAAACUCAUCCUAACUCAUUUGCAACAUCUCUCUGCCGAACAAGAAUAUGCCUAGGUUAUAAUAAGCAGAGGCUAUGGUACUAGUGUAAUAAUCUCAGCAGAAGAUUUCUAUAUUCACACCACUGUGAUAAUUUACUUUGCAUGAAGAGAGAUAGCCUCUGUUGCAGGCCCCUUCAGAUGUUGUUUUUAUGGGCAGUUUUCUGAUAGCUACUGGGUUCUGAUUGCUUGCCGAGGUCUGAUUGCAGUGCUAAAUCAGAACCCAGUUUAUGAUUAGAAUCUUGUAUAUCAUUUUCAAUCUUGGCAUGAACUUUUUCAUGGUCUAUUUCUACUGGGACUGCAACUGGGGCAGACAGACUGUUAGCAGAAACUAUACUCUGGUACUAUGUUAUGUUUCAUAGGAGAUUUUUGCAUUUAAUGAUGUGAUAUCUAUUGAAAUUUUUGCAUGUUAAUGAGCAAACCCUUUCUGUCCUGUUAUCAAGACUGCAACAUGGCUGAAACUUCAUAUGUUUACAACAUUUUAGGUACCCUUGCUGAGGUGAUGACGCAGUUAGAGUCUCCAUCAUAUAUUUUCUCUGUUACUGACUAGAACUUUCCAAACUAUAGUCAAAGGCUCUUUCUGGCUAAUUUCCAAGCAGAUCUUCUUAGGGGAGUUGGAAGGUCGUUAUAUUGUAACGUUUAAUCAGAUUGUCAACCCCACAAGGGUACCUAUAUGCAGUACACGUAUGAAGUUUCUGCCAUGUUUCAGUCUCGAAAUAUGUUGUGAGACAGAAAGGGUUCAUUCAUUAACAUGCAAAAAUUUUGACUGCAAAAAUAUAUCUGUGGACAGUGUAUCUGAAAACAAGGCAGUCAGAGAAAAUAUUCAGCUGGAAGAUCUGCUUGGAGAUUAUGUUUUUCAACUAUUUCUCUAUUUGCUAUCACUAAAGGGUCAUCAGGCAAAUUUGUAAACUGCAAAACAGGGUAAACCAGUGAUUGGCUUGUUCUCUGAGGUGCUUUUGUCAUGAAUGUUUUUGUCGUGAAUGAAUGGUUUGCCAGCAUCAGGCCAGUGAAAAGACAGGAAGCACCUGUCCAGUGUUGUUGUGUAGGCUUCAAAUGUCUGACAGUGUUAAUGUUGUUACUGGCAAUGGUGGUGGCCCAAUGGCCCAACUUACCUGUGCUCGUGCAUGCCAAAAUAACUAUUAGUACCUAGACAAUGACAUGUACUUCCAAUGAACAAACAUCAAUGUACAUGCUAGAGAUAUCUCAAGGUAACACUGCAGCCAGCCACUGGUACAUUUUGUACAUCUACACAACACUGGAUAAAAUGAAGAUGCUUUUAAACACAUACCCCAGGCUAAUGUGUAACCCUGGGUGUCAUCAAUG